AUGAAGUUUGCAUACGCCGGCCUCAUGGCCACUCUCGCUGCUUCAGCCUCUGCGCUCCCUCACGUUGCCCGCAGCUCAUAUUCUGUACCCUCAGCCUCCGCCGCUGGCUCUUCUCCUGCGCGCAUCCUCCUCGGCAACUCUGGUCACAUCUACGUCGCCGACUUUACCCCCAAGACAGGCAAGUUCGAGCUCAGCCUCGAGCAGGAGAUCGUGGGCGGCAACUCGUGGAUGAACUUUGUCGCCCCCAACCUGCUCUACGCCGUCGACGAGAACUCCAAUGAGCUUCGUCUCUUCGAGCUUGAUCUCAAGGCCAACAAGCUUACGCUCAAGACCAAGAAGACUGGAAGCACUGGUGUUGUCCACCUCGAGUUCGACCCUGACAAGACCCGUCUUGUUGGUGCCGCUUACGGUAACGGCACCAUCGAUGUCUGGAACACCGAGAACGGCGGCCUGGAGUUUGUCAAGACUCUCAAGUCCCCUGGCAAGCUUGGCCCCGAUGAGGAGCGCCAGGCUGCUUCUCACCCUCACCAGGCCAACCUGGACCCCUCUGGCCGCUACUUUGCCAUCAACGAUCUCGGCACUGACUCUGUUGUCAUCAUUGACUCCAAGGACGAUGCUUACAAGAUCGCCAAGAACAUCCCCGUCACGGCUGGCUGCGGUCCCCGUCACGGUGUCUUCUACCCCGCUGGUAGCAAGAAGGCCACCCACUACAUCGUCGCCUGCGAGCUGAGCAACCAGGCUCUCGUCUACUCCGUCAGCUACGAGGAGAACACACUCGCCUUCAAGCUCUACCAGUCCAUCUCCACCUACGGCAAGGAUGCCCCUCCCAAGGACAUCAAGAAGGCUGCCGUCGGUGAGAUCAUCCUCGCCCCCAACAACAAGGACGUCUACAUCUCGAACCGUGUCUCUGGACAGAAGACCGACUCCAUCGCCCACUUCACCAUCGCCGAGUGCGGAACACUCACCUACGCCGAGACCGUCUCCUCCGGCGGUCUCCUGCCCCGCAUGAUGAGCUUCAGCCUUACUAGCAAGCACAUCUUUGUCGGCAACCAGGACGGCACCAACGGCCUUGCUGCUUUGAAGCGAAGCCCCGACGGCAAGCUUACUGAGAAGCCUGUUGCCACUCUUCCAGGCUCUGCGUUCGGAGAAGCUCUGUUCGGACCCCAGUAUGUCCAGCAGAUCGUCUAG